CUAACAUUGAGUACUUCCGGCCAUUCAAAACAACAAAACAUUGGAGGGAUUUUGCCGUUGAAGUUGUGUGGUUGCGUUUUAAUUUAGGGCAUAGAGUGAACACAAAUGGAUGAUAUACAGUCAUGGUGGGAAGUGCCCUGUAUAGCUCACUUUUGUUCCUUGUUUAGGGCAGCUUUCAAUCUGUUGGAUUUUGACAUUGAGGAGCUGGAAGAAGCUUUGCUGACUGAUGGCGCAGAAGAUUCUGGAAGCUCAUUACUUCAAGAACUGAUUGUUAGGCUGUUGUGUGGCUGUUUAGGGAACAAUGACAUUUCAACUUUUAACUACCAGAUGUUUUUGAGACGUCUGUUCCGACAAAAGUGUCAGGAAUAUGGAAGAGAGAAUCCCUUCAAUACUGACAUGGACUUUCAGUUCCUACCUUUACGAACAAAGGUUGAAAUAUUGCAUGCUUUGUGUGAUUUCCGAUUGGAUGCUGAUGAUGUCCAGGAUGUACUGAAGAACUUGGAAUCAGAUAGUUUAAGGGUUGAGCCCCUUGGUCAUGAUGAAAACCAUUCAGCAUACUGGUACUUCUAUGGAACGAGAUUGUAUAGGGAAGAUUAUCCUAAAGCUAAAAAAAGAGUAAAAGAAAAGAAACGAAGAUUAAAGGAUGAGAAACGAAAGAAGAAGAGAGGAAAAUCACCAGCUGAUUCAGAAGGAGAGGAACAAAGCAGUAGUGUGUGGCAAGUGGUUUGUUUCACAGAAGAAGACUGGGACAAAGUCACUGAAGGUUUCAGGGACUCUACAUCUAAAGUUGAACGAGCCUUGUACCACACCCUGUCGGAAGACUUUCUGCCUGAAAUACCUCGCCUAUUUUCAGAGAAAGAAAAGUUGCAAAGAAAGCGACUGCUUGAAUAUCAGCCAAGGCGGCAAUCCAGCCGACUAGAGAAGCUAAAACAGCAGAAAGAGGAGGAAGAGCGGUUACAACAAAAAGAGGGUGAGAGACAACGACAAGAAAGGGAACGUAAAGAACGAUUGCUUCAGGGCAUCACAGCGAAAGAAGAACGUGCAAAUAGAGCUCUCAUGCGCUCAAUUUCUCGAACUAAUUCAGAGUGUGGGAGUACUAGUAGUUUGACUGAUUUGGUGCCUGAACCAAGGGGAUUUAUUGGUCGGCAGACAAAUAACUCCCUUUCUUCUGCAACAGGACAAAUAGUUAUUCAAGGGCUGCGACGUAAGCUUCGUGGUUCUCAGGUUUUCAGACAAAGUGAAGAAGAUUUGCAAACAGGGAUGUACAAAAUAUUAGAACAUGUUAAAGCACACGAGGAUGCGUGGCCUUUUCUCGAUGCAGUGGACGAAAAAUAUGCACCGCGAUAUUAUUCUAUUAUUACAAGGCCCAUGGAUCUUCAAAAAAUGGAAGAGAAGCUUGAUGAUGGAGAGUAUCUCUCCUUUGCUGAAUUUAAGGCUGACUUUCAACUGAUUGUGGACAAUUGUCGACAGUACAAUGGUACUGACAAUGAAUAUACUGAAAUGGUGGGGAAUCUUCAAGAAGCAUUUCAAAUGGCAGCUGAACGUUACUUGGAAUCUGAUCCAUCAUCUGAUGAAGACGCAUCAGUUGAGCUACCAAAAAGGCAAAGUCACAGUAGUACAUCUGGGCAUGGUAAUGUGCAAGGCAGUAAGAAGAAAGGAAAGACAGAUAAAAACCAGGAAUUGGAGGACAAGAUGGAGAGUGAUGAAAGGUCACUAACACCGUCAAGUAUUUUAUCUGAAGCUUCAGGUGAAAGUGAAAAGGAGCCGGAGGUGUGUAGUAAUAGAUUUGAAAACACAGAGUCAGUACAUGAAGAUGGCUCUGAAAGUGCCAGCUUAAAAAAUGAGAGUGAGAGUGAGAAUCAGUAUCCGAGGAGCACAAAUGGAAACAAAAGAAAUAAGAAGACAGGUGUAAUUAAGAAUGCAGCAGCUAUUGAAGCGUUGGAACUAGCAACAGAGCAGACACUCAAGGAUAUUAACAAGUGGCUAGAUGACACGCCACGAUUCUCUGAAUUUUCAUCUGCAAGUAAUUCCCCAUCAUAUUUCAUGAACACUGGAACAGAAGAAUAUGAUGGGUCAACUCGUGUGGAUGAACAUAAAAAUGGUUCUAAAUCACAUGAGAAAGCUUUCCGUAAGGAGCAAAAGGAUGCAUCAAAAAAGCGUUUGAACAAGGAUCCUGCCAAACAACAACGUAAACGAGAGGUCCAAAGAACUAUUGAUCGCUUACAGCCAGGCAAGAGUAAGGGAAAUCUGCUAUCCAACAUUCAGAGUACAAGUAAAGUAGCAGAAGAUGGGAGUAUUGCUGGAAAACCUAAAGAUGGAAAAGCAUUACAACCUGUGAAGUCUGAAGAAACUAUGCCAAAACUUAGUCUGGGGUCUGUCUUAAGAAAUGAUGUUUUAGCCUUCGGUGUUGGCAGUGGGCAUAAUUUUUCCACAAAAGAGGAGGCUGAAGACACCAAGUUUGAUCUCUCAGAAGAUGAAUUGUCGAAGGUUCCUGUAGAUGUUAAAGUGCCUGUGUCUCCAGAAUCUCACAAAUCCGUGUGUUCAAAUUUGUCUGCAAAGAAAGAAACUGAAGAGUCUGUAGAAAGCACUAAAAAUAUAGUACAACAAACAAAACAAGAAAAGGCUACACCAAAUCUUAGUGCGUGGUUCAAAGCAUUUGGCGCUCCGAGAACACUGACAGUGCAGAAAAAAAAGUCAGACUCUUGCUCUCAAGAAAAUGAAUCUCUUCCUACAGGUGAAAGAACUGAUUCUCAAAAUGUUCCUUUUACAGAUAAAUCACAUACGUUUGAGCGAGAGUCUGUCCCUUCAAAGUAUUCUAGCAUUGCGAUGGGUGAUCUCUAUAGUGGAAGAAUGCCAGAAGAAUCUGAGAAAAGAUCAUUACGCUCCCCACAGCAAAGAAGUGGGCAAGAAGAAGCUACAACUUCACCGUUACAGAACAUUUCUCGUCAAAGGAGAAUAAGCACGGGUAGCAGCAUGUCUGAACGUUCUUCAUUUAGCCAGGAUCCAAUGGACCCACUAGACGGUUCCUCCCCUCGUGUGGAAAAUUAUUCCACCCAUUAUCCUUCCCCCCUUCAUCGUUCUCCAGUGGCUGCAUCACCCCUGAUGGCAUCUCCUCGUCCAGAAGAUAACCUGAAGCUGCCUCCAUAUCAGCCUAUCAAUGGAACUAUACGGGCUGGUUUUUAUCAAGAUACAUCUUCACUUCAGAAAGGGAGUCCAGACAAAAACAGCAGCAAUGGUAGCCCAAGGGACCAGAUGCAUUCAUCUGCAUUUCCUUUAUAUAGUCCACGAAUGUAUCCACCAGCUAAUGAUGCAAUAGGCUACUCUACAUACCAGGGAAGAUCACCAGAAUCUCCAGCAGCUUUGCUGGGACCAAAGUCCCUGUACAGCAGUGUUCCGGUAUAUAGUGCAAGUCCCAUGAUGCAGUAUUAUGACACAAGUAAGCCACUGACUGAUCAGUAUAGGGCUGCAAGAACACAAGCAGCAGAAGAAGAUGUACCCUCAUCAGUUAAUACCAGUAAUGUCACAACAUUUUCAACUAGCCAUCAGCAAAGCACAGGAACAUCAACUUCAGCAUCUAGUAUAAUGACUAAGUCACUGAUGAAACCGUCAUCCAUUUUCCCUGUAAAAAAACGUUUGUACAGUGAAGUGGAGCCAUCUUCAGUUGGCAGAUUGCCUCCACCAGCACAUGCUUCUGAUCGAGCUCCUUUGGAAGGAUUUGUUGCAGAUCAAGCCCGUGAUUCUGUGCCUUUGGAUUGUGCGCGGCAUUCCCCUGAGAGAGCACACCAAAUGUCUCUGCCUAAUAUUGUUUCAGGGAAUGAAAGAUUCCAUAGUAAUGUGGAAAACCUUCAUGCCCCAAUGCCGGUGAAUGAUAAAUCUCUGGCAUUAGUCACAAAUUCAGAUGUUAUCUCUGAAAGCCCACGUUUGAAAGAAGAGUUUCUCAAUCAACCAAAUGUUAUGACUGGCCGUGCAUCACCUCAAGUGCCAAGACCACUCUCUUCGCCGUGUUCAAAAAAUACAUUAUCUGAUGAUGAUGUUCAAGUAAUAGGUGUUUUAAAGAAGUCUCAUGCCUCAUCUCCAAACCUUUUACUUUCUUCUGCUUCUUCACUGUCACCAAAACAGAGUCAUUUAGCAGCUAACAGUAAGUCUCUACCAGACUGUGUGCCAAAUGUUAGUAACAAGACCUUUAUGACUAAUCACUUAGAGCAUGAUGGACCGCUUAAGGAAAAUACUAUGUCCAAAAAGAACGCAGAGGCUCCUGAAUCUUGCAUUGUAUUGCAUUCACAUAAAGAUGUAAAUGUCACAGUGCCACAUAAACAAAUGCGACAGGUGUCACCACCAAUGCCGCAACCGAGUCCAUCUGCUCUUAGUGUUGCUCCACCAGCACACAGUGGAGAUUUCUCCUUUCAUCGAGCACCUUUCUCACCUCUUCCUCAGUCGCCAGUAGGAGUAGAUGCAUCAGCACCUUUAAGAGGUAGUAUAACUAACCUCUCGCACAUUGUUGAAAGGUUUCCAACUGAUGGAAGAGGUAUUUCUGCAAUUCAGGGAACUAGCUCUCAAUAUUACAUAGAAAAAACUGUUAAAAACCAACUUAUGUUUAGUCAGAACAUUUCGUCUUCUAUACAUGUUCCAUCAACUUCAGCUACAAAUGUACCCGUGUUCUCUCAAGUCCCUUCCACUAUCGCAACAUUGCCUUAUAAUAGAAACAGCCCUACUGCUCCUUCUCUAAGUUACACCCAGUCACAGUUGUCACCACCUUUAAAAACCACAAAUAACCAAGGAACCUACAGCAGAUCAGAAGAAUCUUCCUUAUUAUCUGUGAAAAACAGUGUAGCCACAUCUGGGCAGACAACAUUUACUCAUUCUGUUUCAGAUUUGUCAUCAGCACUGGCUAAAAGCUCUUCUACCUCGCCAAAUAUACAGGCCUCUUUAAAUAAACCAGUUGCAGAUCUUUCACCAGUGUUGACAAGCAAAGACUCCCAACCCAUAGAUCUCCAAGUACC